CGUUGUCGGCAGGAUUCGAACCUGCGCGGGAAGAUCUCAAAAGUUAUUUCGGCUAUAGCCUUAACCACUCGAACACGACUAUUUCACAUCACUACCAGCUUAAAUUAGCUAUCGAUAAGUAAAUAGGUAAAACAAGCUUUUCUAUCUUCAAAGAAAUCGCGGGAAGUCAUUACAAGCGCGCUACCUUAAAUCAUACCAAACGUGAUGCGUCUUGGCGUACUGUUCAAACGUCAGAUCAGUUAGACGUUGACGUCAACUUGUUUAUUAUACUCUUAGUCUUACACCUUUCUUAGUUUUCUGUUAAUUCUGUCUUUACUGGUCACUUCAAAAACUUUAUUGCACAUCGACGUGGGAUUUGGUGUUUUGUGUGUGGGGGGACCACUGUUGCCGUGUUUCGAGAACAAGCGGUGACCAGCGUCCGGACUGCCCUUGUUGGCACGAUGCACCGGGCUUACCAGCCCUAUACUCCGGUGUCCAACGUUUUUUUGAAGCAAAAAUGGGAUCGAUCCAGCUAUAUGAUCCACCGGAAAAAGCUCGCGGCAGCUAAGGCAGUGAUUGAUAACAGAUCCCCAAAAGUUUACCUGCACCUUAACACCAAACUUAAGAAACAUCAGGAAGAAGCGUACCGCGCGCACACGAUCUCGCGCGACAACAAGCUUCUGUCGGAAAAGAUGAAUCACAUCAUGCGGACGGGUGGCUACACGAAUCACAGGAACAACUAUCAGUCAAUCAGUUUAAAUGGCGCCAAACAUAAACGCGAAUUGACUCGAGUUGCAGCGGAGAAUAGCAUGAUGUUGCAGCGCAUUCUGGUCCGAAAUCCGAACUACAGCCACCAGGCUUUUUUGAAUGAAUGGCAGGAGAGUCGACAAUACCUCGUCAAUGUCUCCAAAUAUCCCCCGCCCCGCAGCGCCCUUGUACCGAUAGUGAGCAACAAGCCAGAAACAGGCAACACAUGGGAAGAUAUUAAUACUCCGGACAUCAACAACAACACGGCAUACGUGGUCAAACCAAUCUGGCUGCCUAGGUUACCAGACUUAAGGGACAAGCGAAAGUGUAGCAGCGACAACUUUUACUAUGAAAAUUGGUGUCAAUUGGGACGAUCUGAAUAACCAAAGGCUUGUUCAACACAUCGUUCAAUCGCCUCCAGUGACGACUGUGGAUCAGUCGACGACUGAGAUACUGUAUACAUGUCGGUGGAAAGCGGAGAGUAAGUAUUUCCCUAUUCUUUAAAUUGUACGUAUUGGAUUGAGCAUGUAUGAGUGUGUUCUUUGAGAGCCUAUGUAAGAAGGUCUUUGUGAACGUAAUCCCUACCUGUCUAGUUGCUUACUUUUCAAAAAAUCUGUUACAAUGUGGUAAAAAAUCAAACAAAAUUCACCACUCUAUCAUUCAAAUUUCACAGGAUUUAUGCCAAAGAUAAAUAUGAAAAACAUUUCAUUGAAAUCUUUAAUCAUUGUUCUUCGGUAAUUACAAAUAACAGCAUGCCACAUGAACAAACAAUAUUUUUUAUCAACGAUUAAAUUCGAGUGGGUUUUGAAAAACGCCUCAUGCUUACGGCAGUGACUAACUAUUAAAUGGUCAUGAUAACGGCUACGAAAAUAAAAUUAUGCUCAUAUCCUCUAUGUUUUCGGUAGAAACAAUGAAAAAUGGCAUGAUGAGAUGUGGACGUUAUUCCCUGCUCAGAACUGUUAAAUUGGUAAUUGUACAAUGUGUACAUAUAGACUAACCGUUGUCCAAACAUUGCGUCUUAUCCUUAUAGCGACUGGUGUUCUCAUCUUGUUGCCGGGGGAAAACAUACUUAUAUUUUCUACCCAAUGGAACUUGUAUGGAAAAAACUAACUGUUAUUAAAAUAACCAUUUGCUAUAAUAGACAAAAUUGAGCAAAAACGAGGUAGAUGAGAAGAUGUAAGCGGCAGUCGGCAGAUCAUUUGAAAUGUAUGCAUGUGUUCAGGAUUCUAGUCCUGGCCUAGCUGCAAGUGUUUCUCACCUUAAUUUAUGUCUAUGUUAUCCUGUGUUUCAAUUGGAACAGAAAAACACUGAAAUGCGCCAUAAGAUAUAGAGCUAUACCGAAAUACAGGUAAUAGGCAUGACUAUUAUAAAUAAUGGGAAUACAAGGGUCUUUACAAGAACAUUGUUACAUACUAUUUUAAGUACUCAUAAGUAUCGUUACAACUAAUUGAUUCUAAAUAGCAUUCACACCAUUGGAUUUUGGUUACGAUUUAGAAAGUUUGCUGUGGAAAUGCGCUUUUUAUCUAGAGCUUUGUAAUAAAACAUCACCCGCUCCUACUUAAUACACGCAAAACACCAAUCUUUUACAUUGAUUUAUGUUUUAAACUUCUCUGUGUGAGAAGAUCGUUAAGGACAUUGUUUUUAAUUAUUACAAAACAUAACGUCUUUGGAAUGGAUCUCGGAUACAAAUCAUCAUAAAUAAAAUCCUGAAUGACCGCAGUGGUUGUAUAAACCGCGUGCAUGUCUACCCGGAAAAUAAGGAGAAGUAACUCACAGAGACAAUGAGCGCGAUAUUGUUCAAUAUUGUUUAUAAUAGCAAAUGAUACUCGCUGCGAAAUUUCUUCGCGGGAUGACCAAAUUAAAGCUCCACUAAGCAAAUUUGCCGGGAGUAAAGUCGAGAAAAAUACUGAAUUUAAAAAGAAAUAAACGCUUAUCACAUGAUAACUGAUAUGGCUGGAAAAGGAGCGUCAUUUAAAAAUUAAACAAAAGUAAUAAAAGGUAUACAACGGCGAUAAUGACUGUCACGGCAUGGACGUCGCCGUCUUGAUUAUCACGUGAUUACCCCUUCGGAGGUAAGGAUUUGACACAAUCUUUGGAUAUCGGUUAGUUUAUAUGUACACAUUGUACAAUUACCAAUUUAACAGUUUUGAGCAGGGAAUAACGUCCACAUCUCAUCAUGCCAUUCGCCAUUGUCUCAGCCGAAUACAUGAGCAUAAUUUAUUUACGUAGCCGUUAUUAUGACCAUCUAAUAAUUAGUAACGGCCGUCAGCAUGAGGCGUUUUCAAAACCCGCUCGAAUUUAAAUGUUGAUUAAAAUGUUGUUUGUUCAUGUGGGACGCUGUAAUUUGGAAUAACCGAAGACAAAUGAUUAAAGAUUUCAAUAAAACUGUUCAUAUUUAUCUUUGGUCUAAAUCCUUUGAAUCUAGAGUUUGACUGAGAGAGUGGUGAAUUUUGUUUGAAUUUUUACCACAUUCUGACGGAUUUAUUGAAAAGUAAGCAACUAGGAACGGAGGGAGUACGGUCACGAAGUCCUUCUCACUUAGGCACUCACAGAACACACUUAAACCUGCUCAACCCAAAACGUAAAAUAUAAAGAAUAGGGAAAUACUUACACUCCGCUUUCCACCGACAUGUAUACAGUAUCUCAGUCGUCGUCUGAUACACAGUCGUCGCUGGAGGCGAUUUAACGGUGUGUUCAAUGUCAAGACUAUUUCCCAAUGACGGUCUCUCCUUUACAUUAUGUCAAUAAAAACUUAAAAAUUGAAA